UAAGCCGAAUUUUUAUUCUCUCUCAGAUAAUUUCAGACAAUGUUAGAUAAAGAGAAACAAAACUACUAGUAAAGGAAAUUUGUUGUGUUAAAUAAAUGUUUUGGAUUAUAGCACAGAAACCUAUGCAGAUGCUUUGCAAAAUAUGAAGUUUUGAAAAUAAUUAUUUGAAAGAAUGGAUGAAUAUUUUAAUUCAACUUUAUCAACGCAUAAUGCAGUUGAUAUUUCCUACUUAUUACAUCUUUCAUCACAGUUUCCACUUUAUGGAGGUUAUCCUGAAGUUUUUGGAUAUAUUCUUCCGCCAGUGAUAGUGUUGACUUUAGUCACUAAUUGUCUUGUUAUAACAGUGCUGAUAAAGAAGGAAAUGCGCACCCCAACUAAUGUUAUAUUAGCUGGACUAGCUUUCAGUGAUAUGAUGUGCGGCGUGAUAAUUUUUCCUGUAUUCUUCAACUUUUUUACUCUAGGAAAAUAUAACGAAAUAGUGCCGUUUGACUGGUGUCUCCCGUAUCAAGUAUUAAUAGUUCUAGCUUCAGGGUUUCAUAAUAUAUCUGUGUUACAGACAGUUGCCUUGGCAACACAAAGAUAUAUUUUCAUAUGUGUGCCGAGAGCGCGUUCAAAAUUAAAUUAUUUCAAUGCAUUAAAAGUAGUCGUUAUUUUACAUAUCAUCGGACUAUUUGCUCAUGCCGGAAGGUUUCUUGAUACUUACUUUGUACCAGCCUUUGCUUAUCAGUCAAUUUCAUCAGAAUAUUAUUUUAACUCAAACAAUAUCGGAUGCAUAACAGUUUUCCGCGACUGGGUUAAACCGAAUUUGGAAUUAUACGUUAACGUAUAUUUCAUACUACGUGCAACGUGCUUUGGAAUUUUGCCAUGCAUCACAUUAACGAUUUUAACUACGUUGUUGAUAAAAUCAAUGACGUCACAAAGAAUGAACAGAAGACGUUUAUUUAGAGGAAGGGGAAUAUGUGACGGUCUUAAUCAACAAGACAAACAAAAUGUGAGGACAACUUUACUGUUGAUUGUGGUGGUUGGUAUACAUUUAUUCUGUGAAAUUCCUAACUCUGUGGUUUUAUUUAUAGAUGCCGUUGAAGCUGCAAUUGAUUUGUAUAAUGUAUCGAAUGCAAAAUUAAUUGUAAUAAGCAUAUCUAAUAUAAUGGUGAUAUUAAGUUGUCCAGUGAAUAUUUUUAUCUAUUGUGGAAUGAGCAUGAAAUUCAGAACAACGUUGAAACAAAUGUUAAAGUGUAGAUGAAAUAUCGUGAUAAAAGAAAACGUUGACUCACAUGUGCAAUGUACUCUUUUGAGGAUAAAAAGUGAAAUGUGUCACAUGUGCUAAUAACAAAAAGGAUUCAAUUUAAAGAAAAUAACUCGGUAUUUAAUUUUUGGAUAACGAAUUUGAAACUUCAUCUUAAAUAUUUCACAAAAUGAAUGGAUUGUUCAUAGAACAAAAAUUUGAUAUUUGAUAGAAAAUUAUGUAUUUAUUGCUUCAAUUCUGAUGUUAUCCUUAAACACUACAAUGUAUCACUCACUUAGUGAUGACUUUAUAUACAUUAAUUAUUCAUCUGUGAUUAAAGGCUUAUUGAGGCCCUAAAAUAAUAUUUAAUUCUUUUUGUUUGUUUUGUAAACAACUCAUAAGCCUUGCAGCUGAGAGCCAUGUUUUUAAUUUGUUAAGUUAUA